AUGGCUUCUAUGCUUUCCGUUUUAGCUCUAUCCCAUAACGAGCUCACUGGUAGUUUCCCACUUGUGGGGAAUCUAACUAAGCUCACAGUUUUAAAGUUUUCUUACAAUCACUUCUCGGGAACUCUGAAUUCCAAAAGUAGCCUCUUUGACUUGCUCGAGCUCCGUCAGCUUAGUCUAGCCUUUAACAACUUUAGUUCUUCACUCCCUUUCGAAUUUGGUAACCUCAACAAAUUAGAGACCUUGUCUCUUUCCUCUAAUGGCUUCUUCGAACUUGAUCUACAUGGAAACCAGUUCAACGGUUCCAUUGAACAUCUCAACUCCUCUUCGUUGUCAAGGCUAGAGCUUCUGUACCUUGGAAACGUCGAUUUGGAAGGAAAAAUAUUAGAGCCAAUCUCAAAGUUCACCACCCUCAAAUCUCUCGACCUUUCUUUCCUAAAAACAAGUUAUCCAAUGGACUUAAGCCUCCUCUCUUCUUUCAAGUUUUUGGAGUGGCUCGAUAUGUCUGGACUACAAAUGGAAGAACAGAGAGUCCUCACUUCCUACGCAACCAUUGAUUUUUCUGGAAACUUACUCGAAGGACAGAUUCCUGAAUCCAUUGGUCUCCUGAAAGCACUGAUUGCACUCAACUUAUCAAACAAUGACUUAACAGGCCACAUUCCAUCUUCUUUGGCCAACAUUUCGGAGCUAGAGUCACUUGACCUCUUAGGAAACCAACUCUCGGGGACAAGAAGAAGGAGUAUUGCUUGGAUUGGCAAUGAUACAAGCCAUUGCUUCGUACAAGCCUGCGUGGCUCCUCAAGAUCUAAUUUACAUCUCUUUCCAAACAUUCACAUACCCUAAAUUAACAACAACUGGAAUAGAACACAGAGACAUAAAACUGAAAUCACAAGCUAAUAAAAACAAAAUCUCUCUUUAUCAUCAAAAGUCUCGAAACAACUUGGAGCCUAAGCAACACAACAAGGAAACGCGCCGGUUUUGA